AUGAAUUCACUUCUAACACCAACAAAUCUAUGUUCCCAAUGUGCAUCAUUUUUUGUGCAAUCAAUCCGUUAUUUGCCACAAAGUUUACAAUCAAUAACGAAUGAAGCUUUAAAACAAUUUUCACCAAAAAGAACUCCAAAACAACAUUCGAGACGUGACAUUGAUAGAAAAGUAGUUAGAGCAACACAACAAGCAUUUAAUAUUAAAAUUGAGUCAUUAUUGAAUGAAUUAUCAAAAGAAGAAUUUCAAAAGCUUACUAUCGCACCAUUAUCACCUUGUCUUUCAUGCCAAAUUGGUUUAACUCAACAUGUUACUCAUAAAGAUCUAUUAAAAGUCGAGAAUUUAUUAUAUACUCAAGUACGUGGUUUUAAAACACGACAUGCAACUUCAACCGGUGUCCGUGGAGAUAUUAAUGAUCAUAAUAUAUCAGCAGGUUCAGCAUCUCGAAAUUACAAUGAUUUCGAUGGUUAUCGACUAUCAGCAAGUAAUACUGGAAGACAGUCACAAUAUCCUAAUGAUUCAAAUCAACCACCAUUAACUGCUUUUGUUAACCGAUUUUUACAAUAUGCUCGCGGAAAUUCGGGUUCUCAAAAUAUUGAUGCUAAACGUUUUCAAGAUAUUUUACAUACAACAACAAAUCCGGAUGAUCAACAAAAAGUUAAAAUUGCUUUUGCUGAAGGAUAUGUUGCUGCUGCUGGUGAACCAAAACCUAAAGAACGUCCAUCAUUAUUUAAAGCAGUACGUGUCAUAUUAUUCUAUGGUCUAUUAAUUAUGAUUAUUUUAAAUAUUCUUUCUGCAUUUGGCGGUGAUGGUGUUCGUGGUGGAUUUGCCAAUGCAUUUUCAACAGCUAGUAAAUAUGAAAUAAAUCCGGAAGAAAUUAAAGUGGAUUUUUCUGAUGUUCGAGGAGCUGAAGAAGCAAAAGAUGAAUUAAUGGAUAUAGUUCAAUAUCUUAAAGAUUCAGAAAAAUAUACAAAAUUAGGUGCUCGACUCCCUAAAGGUGUACUUCUUGUUGGCGCACCUGGUAUUGGUAAAACACUAUUAGCUCGAGCUGUCGCUGGUGAAGCUGGUGUACCAUUUUUUCAUACAUCUGGCUCUGAAUUUGAUGAAAUGUUUGUUGGUACAGGUGCCCGUCGUGUUCGUCAAUUAUUCACUGCGGCGAAAGCUCGUGCACCAUGUGUUAUAUUUAUUGAUGAAAUUGAUUCGGUUGGUGCUAAACGAUCAAGUUCACAAUUACAUCCAUAUGCUAAUCAAACAAUUAAUCAACUUCUUGCUGAAAUGGAUGGUUUUGAAAAGAAUGAAGGAAUUAUUGUCUUAGCUGCAACAAAUCGUCGUGAUUAUUUAGAUUCAGCUCUAUUACGACCAGGUCGUUUUGAUUCUGAAAUACAUAUUUCACCACCUGAUCUUCGUGGCCGAAAAGACAUUUUUGAACUUUAUCUUUCAAAAACUGUACAUGAUCGAACUAUUGAUACUGAAUACUUAGCAAAAGGUACAACUGGAUUUACAGGAGCUGAUAUUGAAAAUAUGGUUAAUCAAGCUGCACUUUAUGCCGCACAAAUUGAUGCACCAAAUGUUACAAUGAAACAUCUUGAACAUGCUCGUGAUAAAGUUCUAAUGGGACCAGCAAAAAAAUCUAAAAUACCUGAUGCAGAAACAAAUAAUAUUACAGCUUAUCAUGAAGCAGGUCAUACUAUUGUUCGUUAUUUUACUGAGGAUGCUGAUCCAUUACAUAAAGUAACAAUAGUUCCACGUGGACAAGCACUUGGUUUUACAGCACAUAUACCUUUAAAAGAAUCAUACAAUCGAACGAGAUCACAAUUAUUAGCUGAAAUGGAUGUAAUGAUGGCUGGACGUGCAGCUGAAGAACAAAUAUUUGGUAUAGAAAAAGUAACUACCGGUGCAGCAAGUGAUUUUAAUCAAGCUACAAAACUUGCAACAAAUAUGGUCAAACAAUUUGGUAUGUCAGAAAAAGUUGGUACACGAUCAUUUAAAGAAGAUGAACAAGAUACUGGUUUAGGUUUUGUUCGUGUUAAUGAUAUAAGUCCAGCCAUGCAAGAAAUGAUUGAUUUAGAAAUAAAACGUCUUAUGCAGGAAUCAUAUGAUCGUGCAAAAACAUUAUUGAAAAAACAUUCACAUGAACUUAAAAUUCUUGCUGAAGCUUUACUUCAUUUUGAAACACUUUCAGCUGAUGAAGUUAAAGCAGUACUUGAAGGAAGAAAAAUAAAUCCAUAA